AUGCAUCAGCUAUUUUUAGUACACUCUAAAAAUGAUACUAUGAAAUAGACUAGUUUACAAAAAUAUAUAAAUGAGCAAAUUUAACCUUUUUAAGUCUUACGACUUCAUGGAUUAGUAUGACAAUAAAAUUGUAUUGGCAUCAAAUAUCUUUUGCUUUGAAUUGAGGUACUUUUCAUCAAAUAAAAACCGUAGAACAAGGAGAAACCUUUGCAUUGCUAAUCUUAACUGCAAUUUUGGCACAGGUGUUCACAAUUGAGGUUUAUUCGGUCAAUAUAUUGCAAAGAAGCCAAAGAUGAUGAGGCAAUCACUUGAAAAUUCUUCUGAAAAUUUUGGUCCUGUGGGUGGAUUUGUCUCAUCUCCAGUGGCUUCCCAGAUGAGUAACACGUCCAACCCAAAUAAAUUCAUGAGAGUGCUUAGUGGUAGGGAUCAGGGUAGCAGAGCCAAUACUUUGAAGAUGUCUGUUGGACAAGCAGGUUCAAGAAGUCCGUGGUCACUAUUCGAGGACCAGGCACUCGUUGUCCUGGUGCAUGACAUGGGUCCAAAUUGGGAGCUUGUAAGUGAUGCUUUCAAUAGUACUUUACAGUUCAAGUGUAUCUACCGCAAGCCAAAGGAAUGCAAAGAACGACAUAAAAUACUGAUGGACAAAAGUAGUGGCGCUGAUAGUGCUAAUGAUUCAGGAUCAUCUCAACCCUAUCCUUCAACAUUACCUGGCAUUCCCAAGGGAAGUGCCAGGCAAUUGUUUAAGCGUUUGCAGGGGCCAAUGGAAGAGGAUACACUUAAAUCUCAUUUUGAGAAAAUGAUCUUGAUCGGGCAGAAAUAUCUUUCACGAAAGAAUCAGGUACUUGAUGAAGAGACCGGGGAAUCCGUUGAUCCGCCACUGCUUCAUGCAAGGGAAUAAAGUAGCUCAUCUGCUGGCGCAACAAGGAGCAACUGGAGAUCCGAGUGAUCAACAAGUCCUUUUGUGUAAUGCCCCUACUUUUGUUAUGUAUCAAGUACUUGAAGGCAUGGAAGAGAAGUAUACCUCUAGGAAAGUAUCUUCCAAUGCCUGUAGUAGUCUAGUAAAAUUAGGAAAUCAAAUCUUAGUGUAAUCAAACGCUAGGGUGUACAUGGAUCGGGUUGUUUCGAAUACUAAACCAAAUCAAUUGUGUCGGGUGUGUAAAUCUACAAACCAAACCAGACCAAUAAAAGUUGUGGUUUUCAA